AUGGGCAGAAUUACAGUUGCAUUGAUUGUUAGCUCAUGGGUCAUACCCAUUUCCAUUCUUGUCAAUUCAAUUGUUCCUGAACCCUACAUGGAUGAGAUCUUUCAUGUUCCUCAAGUCCAACAAUAUUGUGUAGGCAAUUUUAAAAGUUGGGAUCCUAUGAUAACCACUCCUCCUGGAUUGUACUUCAUUUCACUCACAUAUAUUGCUUCUUUAUUUCCUGGCAUCUUAUUUAUACAACCACUCUCAAAUUUUAUAAACUCCUGUUCAAUAUCAAUUCUUCGGUCAACCAAUGGUCUUCUAGCUGUAAUUUGCAGCAUUUUGGUUCAUGAUAUAAUAAAAUCUUUAAAUCCAUCACUUGAUGACAAAAAAGCAACUCUGUAUGCAGUUAUUCUAGCCUUAUAUCCCCUUCAUUGGUUCUUCAGUUUUCUUUAUUAUACAGAUGUAGCUUCACUCACAGUAGUUCUUGCUAUGUAUCUUAUGUGUCUCAAGAAGAACUACAUCUCCAGUGCUUUGCUUGGAGCUAUUUCUGUAGUUAUAAGACAAACAAAUAUUAUUUGGAUGCUAUUUGUUGCAUGUUCUGGAAUUCUAAAUCUUAUUGAAGCUAAAAAGAAACAUGAAAAGAAUUUGUUAUCAGAGCCCCAAUUUGGUCAUUUUGCUUCCAGUAGUAGUGUUAAAGUCAACUCUAAUCUGAAAAGGAGAAGAUCUGGUAAUGCUAUUCACACUUCAACACAUUCCAUCCAUGGAAAAAGUCUUCAUCAGUCAACAGGUUUAUUUAGUGAGAUUUGGAGCAUAUUAUUAGCAGCUUGGCAUCUAAAGUUUGAGCUUUUUGUCUCUUUUAGCCCUUUUUUUGCAUUGUUGCUUGCUUUUGCUGCAUUUGUUGUUUGGAAUGGCAGUAUAGUUCUUGGGGCAAAAGAAGCUCAUUCAGUUUCUCCACAUUUUGCUCAAUUAUUCUACUAUGGUUUAGUUUCAUCUUGUUUUAUGGCUCCUAUACACUUUACAACAACUCAAGUUGCAAUUUUGGCAAACUCUUUUUGGAAGAAUAAACCUUUUAGUUUCCUACUUUGCUUUUUUGCUUCCAUAAUUACCUUUCUAUCCAUUCACUAUUUCAGCAUAGCUCACCUUUAUUUACUUGCUGAUAAUCGGCAUUAUCCGUUUUAUCUAUGGAGGAAAAUUAUAAAUUCUCAUUGGUCAACAAGAUACCUUCUCAUUCCCUUAUAUCUUUACUCAUGGACUUCUAUCUUUACUCUAUUAGGAAAAGUUGAGAAGAAAGUAUGGGUGUUGGUUUAUUUCUUGGCUUCAGCCACGUGUCUAAUUCCUACUCCAUUGAUAGAAUUCAGAUACUACACAAUACCUUUCUUUUUCUUGAUACUUCAUUGUCGUAUCACUAAUGAUAGAUUGUGGUUACUUAUGGGAUUAAUAUAUACAUCCAUCAAUGUUUUCACUAUGACAAUGUUCUUGUUUCGACCCUUUCGUUGGGAUCAUCAACAUGGUAUUCAAAGAUUCAUAUGGUAGAUCAUUGUUGAGAGUGAGAUUUGUUUUUCAUUUUUUUGAUAGUUUUAUAUCAAGUUUUGUAAUAUGGAUAUUGUAAAUAUUUUUAUUAGAAUAUUAUUCGGUUAAUGAUUUGUAGGUGUACGAGAACGU